UUACUAUUUACUCCUCCACCUGGAAGACCCGGUCUGUACCUCUCUGUCAACCCAACUUCCAUUUCCAUACCCCCAACAAAUUAAAAACCACCCAACAUUUUAUUAUAAAAAAAAAUUCAUAAUAUAUUUUUUAGUUUUGUUGAAGAAAUUAUAGAGAAAUAUGAAAAUGGAAGGGAGGUUGGUGGUGGUUGUAUGGGUGGUGGUUGUGAUUGCGGUUGCGGCACGGUGUAUUAGUGGGAGGUUUGUGGUGGAGGAAAACAGCAUAACGGUGUUGCAACCAUAUAGUUUAAAGUCAAAGCAUGAUGGUUCAAUAGCAAAUUUUGGAGUACCAGAGUAUGGAGGUUCAAUGGUGGGUUCUGUUGUUUAUCCUGAUCAUGGUUCUGAUGCUUGUAACAGUUUUGAUGGUGAUAAGCCUUUUAAAUCUCUUACUUCUAGACCCAAUAUUCUCCUUGUUGAUCGUGGAGAGUGCUACUUUGCCCUGAAAGCAUGGAAUGCACAACAAGCAGGAGCAGCAGCAGUACUAGUUGCAGACACCAUAGAUGAAGGUUUAAUAACCAUGGAUUCCCCUGAAGAAAGCAGUGAUGCAGACGGGUUCAUUGACAAGUUACAAAUCCCUUCAGUUCUUAUACAAAGAGAAUUUGGCGAUACCUUAAAAGACUCCUUGAAGAAGGGCAAUGAAGUUGUGGUAAAACUAGACUGGUCAGAGUCAAUGCCGAACCCAGAUGGUAGGGUUGAAUACGAGCUAUGGACUAACAGCAACGAUGAAUGUGGGAUUCGAUGCAAAGAACAGAUGGAUUUCAUUAAGGAUUUUAAGGGUCCUGCACAGAUACUUGAAAAGGGGGGUUAUACACUUUUUACUCCUCAUUACAUAACUUGGUAUUGUCCUGAACCAUUCUUGCUUAGCAGUCAGUGUAAGUCACAGUGUAUAAACCGAGGUAGGUAUUGUGCUCCUGACCCUGAGCAGGAUUUUGGGGAAGGUUAUGAAGGGAAGGAUGUUGUGUUUGAGAAUUUGAGACAGCUUUGUGUUCAUAGUGUUGCUAAAUCUGAGAAUAGGUCAUGGGUUUGGUGGGAUUAUGUUACUGAUUUCCAUAUUAGGUGUUCUAUGAAGGAGAAGAAAUACACUAAAACUUGUGCUGAGGAUGUCUUGAAGUCUCUUAGUUUGCCAGUUGAUAAGAUCAAAAAGUGCAUGGGAGAUCCAGAAGCCGAUGUAGAUAAUGAAAUUUUAAAAAAUGAACAAGACAAGCAGAUUGGAAAAGGAUCUCGCGGUGAUGUUACUAUCUUGCCUACUUUGGUCAUCAAUGAUGUCCAAUACAGAGGGAAACUGGAGAGAAGUGCUAUACUGAUGGCUGUAUGUUCUGCAUUCAAGGAGACAACUGAUCCACCAAUUUGUUUGUCAGGAGGAAUUGAGACUAAUGAGUGUCUCGAAAACAAUGGUGGAUGCUGGCAGGACACGCAAGCCAACAUCACAGCGUGCAAGGACACAUUCAGAGGAAAAGUUUGUGAAUGUCCUCUUGUAUCAGGUGUUCAGUAUCAAGGAGAUGGUUAUACCACUUGUAAAGCUAAUGGACCAGGCCGAUGUUCAAUAAACAAUGGUGGUUGCUGGUCAGACACAAGGAAUGGCAACAGUUUCUCGGCUUGUUCAACAUCAGAACUUUCUGGCUGCAGUUGUCCAGAAGGAUUUCAUGGAAACGGCCACAACUGUGACGAUAUUGACGAAUGCAAAGAAAGUACAGUCUGCAAGUGCUCCGGCUGCAGCUGUAAGAAUACAUGGGGUGGAUAUGAUUGUAAGUGUGGAGGAAAUCGCUUGUAUAUCAAGGACCAAGACACUUGUAUAGAAAGAAGCUCCACAGAAUCUGGAUGGUUUGUAUCUCUGGUUUUCAUAGCAGUCUUGGCUGGGUUUGGGUCAGCUGGAUAUAUAUUCUACAAGUACAGACUCCGGUCCUACAUGGACUCGGAGAUAAUGGCUAUCAUGUCUCAGUACAUGCCGCUUGACAGUCAUAACGCUCGAAAUGCUGAAGUCCAUAACUCGGAGGUUGAACCUCUACAGCAAGAAUCUUCGGUAUGAAGCAACUACAGUGUUGAAGAUCGUUUUUUGAUGUGUAGAUAAUGUGAGAGGGUACAUUGUACACUAACACUCAUCAUGAAUACUGAACAGUUGGAGACAUACAAAAGAGAAAAGAUGCCCAUAAGGCCAUAAUCCAUGUACACAAUUAUGAGCUUUUACCCGUCAUGUGUGAUGUAUAUACAUUUAAUAGCUAGGGGUGUAUAGACAAUGCAAUAAUUGCGACAUAGUCGAAUUUAUUCCAUUAGAGUUAGUUCAUAUUCUAGAUGAGGACAUUAGAGGAGUGGCACUACCACGACUAGUUCCUCCGUAGUUGUUCUGUUAGUUUGGUUUCCUGUUUUUUUCUUGUUAGUUUUCUUUUCUUUCAAGUAUUGCUUCGUCUCAUGAAUUAAAAAAACUAAAAAAAUAUAUAGCAAAUUAUAAAAAAAAGUUCCCGUUUUUGUCA